CAAUUUCAAUAUUUCCGGAUAUAAUAAUGUACUGCACUGUACUGUACUGGAUGUUGUUUUAUCCCGGAGCUGCUAACUACAAAAUAUGGACAGUACACCAGUGACGGAGCCCAGUAACUGCACUUUGGAGGAGUCUGACUCUACUGAUGAGGAGUAUGAAGAUGCUUGUGACAGUCCACUAGAGCAGUGCAUCACAGACUCUAUUGUACGCGCUAAGGAUACGGGAACACUGGAAACUUUAGAGAACUUCUUCUCCCUUGUUCCCAGCGGUGUGUCUACGUACAGGCCGUCGCAGCAGUCCAUCCCGGAGGAGCCUGAACCCAUCUCCAGCCCUGACUCAUUCUGUGACUUCUUCCAGAUGUUAGCACCGUCCAAGCCUCAGAAGCCACGCGAUAAUCUGCCCUAUCCGAGGGACAGAAGCACUCUGAACUUAUGGAGUCUACUGAAGAACAUGGUUGGGAAGGAUGUCACUAAGAUAGCCAUGCCAGUGCACCUCAAUGAACCUCUCUCCUUUACACAGAGAAUGGUGGAAGACAUUGAGUACGUCGACCUUUGUCACAAGGCAGCAGCUGCACAAACUGUUCACAAGAGGUUGGCGUACGUGGCAGCUCUGGCUAGCUCCUGCUUUGUCACCACCCUCACAAGGCACAGCAAACCAUUCAACCCUCUUCUGGGCGAGACUUAUGAAAUGGUGAACAAGGAGGGUGGCUACUGUGUAGUGACAGAGCAGGUCUCCCAUCAUCCCCCCGUCACUGCCAUGUACGUUGAGUCUGAGAAGUGGGUCCUCUGGCAGGAGUAUACACUCAACAUCAAGUUCAGGGGACAGUGGGUUAAAGUGCUACCAACUGGGAUGGUUCACUUUAAGACUAAAGACGAUGGCUACCAUUACAGCUGGAACAAACCUAACACCGUCAUACACAACCUUAUCCUUGGCUCAAUCUGGGCAGAUCAUGAGGGUGACGUUGUGGUCAACUGUCACAACACUGGCGACAAGGCCGUCGUCUCCUGGGUAGCAUACUCCAAGGCGAAGGAGCGCUACAGGGAACUUAACGGACAAGUGUUCAACUCGGAGGGUGAGGUCCAGUACCUCCUUCAUGGUGCCUGGGACAAGGGAAUGGUCAGGAAGAACCCAGAUGGGUCUGGAGUGAAGGAGAUGUGGGUGGCAAACGAGCCAGUACCCGACUCUGAGCGACAGUACGGCUACACCAAGUUCUCCAUGACCCUGAACGAGCCAGACAGAUCAGUGACCUGCCCCACUGACUCACGCCUCCGACCUGACCAGCGAUUACUAGAGAAUGGGUUGGUGGAAGAGGCAGGGAACGAAAAAUACAGACUGGAGGAGAAGCAACGUGCAGCUCGUAAAAGGAGAGAGGCUGACAGGGAGACAUAUAAGCCACUGUGGUUUGACAUGUACGCAGACCCCGACACUGAGACCAGCUAUUACUCAUUCAAUGGCAAGUACUGGGACUCUAAGCUUAAAAACGAUUGGACUGCAUGCCCAGACAUUUACUGAACUCUUGUUAAUUGUAUUUUGUAUAAUCAUAGUUUUCAGUCCAACAUUUAUUAUACUGUAUUACAAUCAGCGUAUAUAUGUCCCAUGCACCGAUUUAGACCAUUUUUUGCAUACUAGUGUGUUGUGUUGAAUGACAAGUUUGAGAGAAAAAUUUUUAUGAUCAUCAUUAAUACAAAAUUCUAA